UCCGGUGCGCGCAGUGAGGCUCCGUGAAGCGGCCCUCGGUGCGUCCGGGCUGGUGCGGCUCCUGCCUCCCUCGCGACGCCGUUGCUGUCCUCGAAGCCUCCGGACGCCGCCGCCGCCUCGCCAAGCCGGACCCGACAAUGGCUGACCAACUGACCGAGGAGCAGAUCGCAGAGUUCAAGGAAGCCUUCUCCCUCUUCGACAAAGACGGCGAUGGCACCAUCACCACCAAGGAGCUGGGCACCGUGAUGCGCUCCCUGGGUCAGAACCCCACCGAGGCAGAGUUGCAAGACAUGAUCAACGAAGUGGAUGCGGAUGGCAACGGCACCAUCGACUUCCCCGAGUUCCUCACCAUGAUGGCCAGGAAAAUGAAGGACACCGACAGCGAAGAGGAGAUCCGGGAGGCUUUCCGGGUGUUCGACAAGGACGGGAACGGCUACAUCAGCGCCGCUGAGUUGCGCCACGUGAUGACGAACCUCGGCGAGAAGCUGACGGAUGAAGAAGUGGACGAAAUGAUCCGGGAAGCCGAUAUUGACGGAGACGGGCAGGUCAACUACGAAGCUCCUCAAGUACUGGAAGACAACUAUUAUCUCUUAAUGCUUCUUGUCGAUAGGCUAGACCCUUGA